GGCGUGGUCGCGGGAGCUCGGCCCGCGUUCGUGGGGUGCCUGCCGCCUGCGUGCGGAGACGGAGGCGGCUAGGGGCUGCGCCCGGGGUCUCCUCCCUAGAGGGCGGUCCCGGAGCGGGCCGUCGCGCAGCUCCUCCUGAGAAUUCAGUGGCCGUGAGGACCGCGCCCAGGAGGUGUCUUUAGAGCCAGACCCACAGCCACGUCCGGAGAGAAGAGCUUGCACCCACAGAGCGCGGGUGGCUGCCCGCGAAGCGGCUUGAGACCGACCGCGGGUGCAGGGUGGCGGGGAAGCGCGUGAGGACCACGGGGAAACCAGAGGCCUCUGUGGCUGGGAUUCAGGGUGCGGGGAGGCGCUGGGGAGCGCCAUGGCGUAAAUCGGCAGACUGGGGGUGUGAGACAGUUCUUCAUCUUGACUGCCUGUGUAGUUCCCACCCGUCAGCCCCAUCGUCCCAUGAGACCCCUAAAGCCUUCAGAAGACAGAGAUGCUCUAUGGUCGUAUCCAGGUCUUUGCUGUUGAAGGAGAUUGGGGUCCUGGCGCCAAUUACACAUGGAUCUUGGAGAUAAUGAUGGCUUUUUUUCAUUACAAAAAUGGACAGAAAACUGUAUGCAGUUGUGACAGUUCAGUGAGGAGUGAUAAGUAUAGCCUCUGGUGCAUGAAGCUGGUGUGUGCUUCCAUUCGAGGGUUCCACACUGCCCUGAGUCGUUACAAGGCUCGGACAGGCGCCGAGCACCUGUGGCUCACGCGGCAUUUCAAGGACCCGUUCGUGAAGGCUGCAAAAGUGGAGAGUUACCGGUGUCGAAGUGCCUUCAAGCUUCUGGAGGUGAAUGCGAAGCACCAGAUCCUGCGCCCCGGCCUACGGGUGCUGGACUGCGGGGCUGCCCCCGGGGCGUGGAGCCAGGUGGCUGUGCAGAGAGUCAAUGCCACUGGCACAGAUCCCGGCUCUCCUGUUGGCUUUGUGCUUGGGGUAGAUCUUCUUCAUAUAUUUCCCCUGGAAGGAGCAACUUUUCUGUGCCCUGCUGAUGUGACUGACCCAAGAACUUUACAGAGAAUCCGAGAAAUGCUUCCUGGCCAGAGAGCAGAUGUGAUUCUGAGUGACAUGGCACCCAAUGCCACAGGGAUUCGGGAGCUUGAUCAUGACAGGCUCAUCAGCCUGUGCUUGUCCCUUUUGGAUAUGGCUCCAGACAUCCUGCAGCCUGGGGGAACAGUCCUUUGUAAAACCUGGGCUGGAAGUCAAAGCCAUAGGUUACAGAAGAGACUGAGAAAAGAAUUCCAGAACACAAGGACUGUAAAACCUGAAGCCAGCAGGAAAGAGUCGUCAGAGGUGUACCUCUUGGCCACCCAAUACAGAGGAGCAAAGGGGUCUUCCAAGGCAUGAAAGUUUCUGCUGCUUCCCAGGGUGGGGGGUGGGCCCAUUUAACUAAAAAAGUGGCCUGAUCUCUACCUGAAGGGUGGCUGGGGAGAGCUGGGCUGUGAGCUCGGGGGUGCAGCAGGACCCAGGGGGAACCGUUUUUCUUUUUAAACCCAAAAGAUGACAAAACUAUUCAAUUGCCAUGGUCUGUGACUAAACAAAGUUACAUGUGAUUUUCGAAGAGAAAGUUGCGAAAAAGAGAAAGGUGAAGAGCGAAGGAUGGAAAGGGCCUGAAGGAAAGACGCAGGCACGUGCCUUCACGGAACUCCUCUCACUGUCAGGCCGGCAUUGAGAAGCGCGUUUUCCACCCUCGCUCCAAGGUCUGCAGCUGUUGUUUUGGCUUCAUAGUGCAAUGUAGGAAGAUGUGAAAUUUCAUUCUGGGGAUUCAUUUCCAUCUCUCUGCUGGAUGAUCGGAAAAUGCAUCCGUUCUUCAAGCAGAGAGCGUUCCCAGAGCAAUUAGGGAAGAGAUUCGGUAUGAAUUUAUGCGUGGGGCGGGUAUGCUUUGUUUUUCACUGGAAAUAAAUAUUGCUGUAAUACUCCAGGCUCCAGAGACUGUAAAGGUAAUUGCCAAAGCAAGCAGUGAUGCGGUGUGUUCAUUUUCUUUUACUGUCUUCCAGGAACUCGAUGUAGCUUUAUGAAAGAAUAUAUAUAGAUUGUAUCAUUUUAA